AUGGGUUGUGAAAUGAAGAGUGAGAGUGAAGACACGCAGCAACAAAUUAUCAGAGAAACUUUCCAUUUAGUAUCGAAACGUGAUGAAAAUGUCUGUAAUUUUCUAGAAGGAGGACUAUUAAUAGGUGGAUCCGAUAACAAACUAAUUUAUCGACACUAUGCCACCUUGUAUUUUGUCUUCUGUGUGGAUUCCUCAGAAAGUGAGCUUGGUAUUUUAGACCUCAUACAAGUAUUUGUGGAAACACUUGACAAAUGUUUUGAAAAUGUCUGUGAGCUGGAUUUAAUCUUCCAUGUAGACAAGGUCCAUAAUAUAUUGGCUGAAAUGGUCAUGGGUGGAAUGGUUCUGGAGACCAAUAUGAAUGAAAUUGUCACUCAGAUUGAUGCUCAAAAUAAACUGGAGAAAUCUGAGGCUGGUUUAGCAGGAGCUCCAGCCCGGGCUGUUUCAGCUGUAAAGAAUAUGAAUCUGCCAGAGAUCCCAAGAAAUAUUAAUAUUGGUGACAUCAGUAUAAAAGUACCAAACCUGCCCACUUUUAAAUAACAUGGCUACUCCAGGUAAUACCAAGGAAGAAAUGUACUAGAGAUUUACUGCAUAAUUGUUUACUAAAUAAACAUGUCUAACUUUUACUGUUCUGAUAACACUCAAGGUACUGCAUAGACAUAACCUGAAAAAUCAGUGUGUGGAGUUGAAUGUUGCUUUUGUCUUGUUUGUGAAAUUAAAGGAAAGGGGUAGUUCCCACGUGAUUUCUAAAUUACAUUCCUAUGCCCUUGCAAGGCAUAUCACUGUGUCUCAGCUGCUGCAGUAUUUUGGGGAAGUAUUGAAGAUAUUCUUUACUUUGUAUAAACUAUAAUGCUGAGGUUUUUUGUAUAUUCACCAAAGUCUAUAAUUAGUGUGUUCUUUACUUCUGUUUGUCAUGAUUAUUUAAUACUUAAGUGCAGAUGUUGCAUGAAAACAUUUAACUCAUGUUUUGUUUAAAUAAAAUCAUAACAAACUGGACUUCGAAACACCUGUUUUUUGAAGUCUACUGUUUGCAAUAAACCAUGUUAUUUCCUAA